GCCUGAAGCGCACGGAAGUCCAACCACUUUAGAGCGGUGGUUACUCGGUUUCGGUCUCCGUUUCGGUUUUGGUGGUUUCGAGUCACAACAGCACCACAGACACUCUCUUCUACCACUUUUGGUAGCACAGCACUCUUUCGCUCUCGUGACUUGCUCCGCCCCUGCUCGUUUGGGAUGCUGCUCGAGGGCUGAAAGCGCCGCAGGAUUCGGUCUGGCCAUUAGUUGAGCGCCGUGCUUCGAGCGGUGAUGAGCCAAUUUCUGCAACGCAACAUCAACAACGGCAACAAACAUCGCGUAUCUAGUGUGGAAGUGCUAAAAAGUGAAGAAAACAAACGAGUAUGUGUACAUGCCAGGCCCAUACACAUAAAAAUCCAUUAUAAUAAUAAUUUGUGAUAACAACAUUAACAAAACAAAAACAAACGGCCGACUCACAGGAAAGAAAAUGAUACAGAAUCGCCAUAGUCUCCAGUGCCCCUCGAACAACGGAGGAUAAAAAGUUUCUCAAAUAGUGUAUUGAAAAUUAGACAAGAGCUAAAAAUCUGCAUAUAUGGGCUAAUUAGGCGUCGCUAUCUAAUAGGAAUUGUGGUUGUUCUAGCCCCAAAGUGAAUCCCAAAAACAAAAACACAAAUAAACAUCAAGAUCGCCACGAAAUUCCGACCAGCAUCACGCUCACAAACGCCCACAGAAUGUACAAAAUGUUUAGAAAACAUUUUCGGCGAAAAUCAACAUCAACAUCAACAUCGUCUGGACAAACGACAGCAACAUCGGCAGCAUCAUCACCAGCAACAUCAGACAGCCUGAGAAUGUCCAAAAAGACAAUGGCGACAAAAAGGCAGAGGCCAAGGCACCGGGAACUCUCGGCCCUGCCAUCGCCGAUCAGCGAUUGUCGAUCAUUAAAGUCUGCCUGCAACUUAAUUGCUUUAAUUUUAAUACUGUUAGUCCAUAAGAUAUCCGCAGCUGGUAACUUCGAGCUGGAAAUAUUAGAAAUCUCAAAUACCAACAGCCAUCUGCUCAAUGGCUAUUGCUGUGGCAUGCCAUCGGAGCUGAGAGCCACCAAAACGAUGGGCUGCUCUCCAUGCACAACCGCCUUCCGGUUGUGCCUGAAGGAAUACCAGACCACGGAGCAGGGUGCCAGCAUAUCCACGGGCUGCUCAUUUGGCAACUCCACCACCAAGAUACUCGGCGGGUCGAGCUUUGUGCUGAGUGAUCCGGGCGUGGGAGCCAUUGUUCUGCCCUUUACGUUUCGAUGGACGAAGUCGUUUACGUUGAUACUGCAGGCGUUGGAUAUGUACAACACAUCCUAUCCAGAUUCGGAGAGGUUAAUUGAGGAAACAUCAUACUCGGGCGUGAUACUGCCGUCGCCGGAGUGGAAGACACUGGACCACAUCGGUCGCAAUGCGCGGAUCACCUACCGUGUCCGGGUGCAAUGCGCCGUUACCUACUACAACACGACCUGCACGACCUUCUGCCGGUCGCGGGACGAUCAGUUCGGUCACUACGCCUGCGGCUCCGAGGGUCAGAAGCUCUGCCUCAAUGGCUGGCAGGGCGUCAACUGUGAGGAGGCCAUCUGCAAGACCGGCUGCGAUCCCGUCCACGGCAAGUGCGACCGUCCCGGCGAAUGCGAAUGCCGACCUGGCUGGCGGGGCCCGUUGUGCAACGAGUGCAUGGUCUAUCCCGGUUGCAAGCACGGUUCCUGCAACGGCAGCGCCUGGAAGUGCGUCUGCGACACGAACUGGGGCGGCAUACUGUGCGACCAAGAUUUAAAUUACUGUGGCACCCAUGAACCCUGCAAGCACGGCGGCACCUGCGAGAACACCGCACCGGACCAAUACCGCUGUACAUGCGCCGAGGGUCUCUCCGGCGCGCAGUGCGAGAUCGUGGAGCACCCCUGUGCCACACAGCCUUGCCGCAACGGCGGCACAUGCACACUCAAGCCCAUGAACACAACACGGCCGCCAGUGUAUCGCAUGAGGGGGAUGAGGGGCAUGGGCUCGAUUGGUAGAGCGAUUCCCUCGCGCGAGUUGGCCCACCUGCGUGAAGUGAUGCUCUCCCUGAACGGCAAAAACUCCACCUCAGGCUCCGGGCCGGACGCCGGGUCCGGUUCUAUGGAUAUAUCGAGACCCAUCUCGAUGUUCUCCAGCUCUCAGUUGCCGCCUCCAGCCGCUGAGUUUACCUGCGGCUGUGCGAAUGGAUGGACGGGACCGACAUGCGAAAUAAACAUCGACGAGUGCGCCGGAGGUCCCUGCGAACAUGGUGGCACUUGCGUCGACCUAAUCGGAGGCUUCCGCUGCGAGUGCCCGCCCGAGUGGCGCGGCGACAUCUGCCAGGAGGACGUCAACGAGUGCGAGGCUCCCCACGCCCCCGGCCUCCAGGCCAACUCCCUGCUGACCACCACGGCCACUGCCAUCAUUGGCAGCAACCUGACCAGCUCCGAACUCCUGGCCGCCCUGACAAGUGCCGUGGUGUCCUCCGCAUCAUCCGUAGCAUCCGCUUCCGCUAUCGGACCCUGCAUCAACGCCCAAGAGUGCCGCAAUCUCCCAGGGUCCUUCUCCUGCAUUUGCCUGGAGGGCUGGGGCGGACCCACCUGCGCUGAGAACUUGGACGACUGCAUGGGCCAGUGCCGGAACGGAGCCAGUUGCAUCGACCUGGUCAACGACUACAGGUGCGCCUGCGCGCCCGGCUACACGGGUCGGGACUGCGAGAUAGACAUCGACGAGUGCGCCACCUCACCCUGCCGGAAUGGCGGGGAAUGUGUGGACAUGGUGGGCAAGUUCAACUGCAUUUGUCCUCUGGGCUACUUCGGUUCCCUGUGCGAGGAGGCCAAGGACCAUUGCGCAUCGUCGCCCUGCCUCCAGGGCCACUGUCUCAAUACGCCCGGCAGCUACUACUGCCACUGCCCACCAGAUCGAGCCGGCAAACACUGCGAGCAACUGCGUCCCCUCUGCUCGCAGCCGCCUUGCAACGAGGGCUGCUUCGCUAAUGUCAGCCUGGCGACAGCGGCGACAACAACAACUUCUGAUAGUGAGGCAACAAAAACAGGAACAACCACUACGACAACGAUGACGACACCGAGCGGAUUGCCCUGCAGCGGGCACGGCAGCUGCGAGAUGAGCGACGUGGGCACCUUCUGCAAGUGCCAUGUGGGCCACACCGGCACAUUCUGCGAGCACAAUCUCAACGAAUGCUCGCCGAAUCCUUGUCGAAAUGGGGGAAUUUGCCUUGACGGCGACGGCGACUUUACCUGCGAGUGCAUGUCGGGCUGGACAGGCAAGCGCUGCUCAGAACGUGCCACAGGCUGUUAUGCUGGCCAGUGCCAGAACGGUGGAACCUGCAUGCCCGGUGCCCCGGACAAGGCCUUGCAACCACACUGCCGCUGCGCCCCUGGUUGGACGGGUCUCUUUUGCGCGGAGGCCAUUGACCAGUGCCGCGGACAGCCUUGCCACAACGGUGGUACUUGUGAGUCUGGGACAGGAUGGUUUCGAUGUGUCUGCGCUCAGGGAUUCUCCGGCCCGGACUGUCGCAUCAACGUGAACGAGUGCUCGCCGCAACCCUGCCAAGGAGGCGCCACCUGCAUCGAUGGCAUCGGGGGCUACAGCUGUAUUUGCCCACCCGGUCGUCACGGCCUUCGCUGUGAAAUUUUAAUGUCCGAUCCAAAAUCAGCCUGUUUAAACGUUACCAACAUGAUUUCCCCUUAUGCGGCUCUAAACGAAAGCCAAAACUGGCUGGAUAUUGCUCUGACCGGAAGAAGCGACGACGAUGAUCAUUGCAAUGCCUGCAUUUGCGAAAACGGAACUUCAAAGUGCACAAAUCUCUGGUGCGGACUGCCCAACUGCUACAAGUUGGAUCCCCUAUCGAAGUCUUCAAAUCUGUCUGGUGUUUGCAAACAACAUGAGGUCUGUGUCCCAGCUUUAAGUGAAUCCUGCCUGUCACCACCCUGCAAUGUUCGUGGCGAUUGUCGGGCCUUGGAGCCAUCUCGUCGAGUGGCCCCGCCCAAUCUUCCGGCCAAGGCGAGCUGUUGGCCCAAUCAGGCGGCGGUUAACGAAAAUUGCGCCCGCCUGACGAUUCUCCUGGAUCUGGAGAGGGUGGGGCGGGGUGCUUCGGUGGAGGGCCUGUGCUCGCUGGUUCGAGUACUCCUGGCUGCCCAAUUGGUGAAACAACCAGCUUUUCCCACUGGCCAGGAGGCAGGUCAGCUAAUGGUGCUGUGCGAUCUCAAGGCGGGAACUAAUGACACUGUUGAACUAACUGUGUCUUCUAGCAAACUAAAUGACCCACAGUUACCAAUGGCCGUAGGCCUGCUGGGGGAGCUCCUUAGCUCGCGGCAGCUGAAUGGCAUCCAGCGUCGCAAGGAGCUGGAACUGCAGCACGCCAAGUUGGCUGCUUUAACCUCCAUUCUGGAGGUGAAACUGGAAACGGCUAGAGUGGCCGAUGGUUCGGGUCACAGCCUACUGAUCGGAGUCCUGUGCGGUGUGUUCAUAGUCCUGGUGGGCUUCUCCGUGUUCAUCAGCCUCUAUUGGAAGCAACGCAUGGCCUACCGCAGCAAUUCGGGCAUGAAUCUGACCCCGUCCUUGGAUGCACUGCGUCACGAGGAGGAAAAAUCGAAUAAUCUGCAAAACGAGGAGAAUCUUCGUCGAUACACGAAUCCACUCAAGGGCAGUACAAGUUCUCUGCGUGCUACCACAGGAAUGGAACUGAGUCUGAAUCCCGCACCUGAGCUGGCUGCUUCGGCGGCGAGUAGCUCCGCUCUGCACCGUUCACAGCCCCUCUUCCCGCCCUGCGACUUUGAGCGCGAGCUGGACUCCAGUACGGGUCUCAAGCAGGCCCACAAACGCAGCUCCCAGAUUCUGUUGCACAAGACCCAGAACUCGGACAUGCGGAAGAACACGGUUGGUUCGCUGGACAGUCCCAGAAAGGACUUUGGCAAGCGGUCGAUUAACUGCAAGUCUAUGCCGCCGCCGGCGGAUGAAGGCGCCGAUGUCCUAGCCACCACUGUGAUGGUUUAGCCGUGAUCUCAGCCACCAACUAGCCGCCCAUAGCCAGCUCAAAGUUCCAAUUGCCACAGCACGGGCGCAACUUCCAAGUGCAUUAGUAGUGUUAUUUAGCCUAGAAAUCGGGUUAGACUUAGGAGAUUCCCAAGCAGGAGAAGGCUCCCCAAUCGAAUUUUUUGAAUUUCGAAAUUGUUUCAACCACACUGUUUUAUUUGAACCAAGUUAACUCUUCUCCUGUCGCCGGAAUCUCAUCUAAAUUAAGUUAGAUAAUGUAAUUUUGAAACUCUUUUCUUCGCUAAGCAACAUCCUACACAGUGUGAUAUUUAGUGUAACCCAGACGCGCAUUUACAUUCUUAAAAAAAGAUGAAAUAAUUUUUUAAUUAUAAUAAUAAUAAAAAACUCUUUGGCUAGCACAAGUUGUAUAUAGUUCUCAUUAAUGUUCGGCGCGUUUUCUAUAGAUAAUUAAGUUAAGAUGUAAAUACUGUACAUUAGCAGUUACCGUUAUUGUAUUUUGUCUAUAAAUAGAAUCCUAAAAUUAAGCUGAGCCCCAGCCACAACACGUUAGACUUUAAAAGUUGUUCGCAAUUGUACGCAAUAAUCUAGACCUUAAAAUCGUAUUGUAGUUAGGUAGCUUUUUAUGCGGUUAAGACUCCACAGAUUUUGUAUUGUAUCAUACUUACGUGUGUAGUAAUAUUUAUUUAUUAUUUUAUAUUUGA